UCUCCCUGGGCUCACGCUCCUCAGAGUCCCUGAACGACUGCUCCGCCACCAAACCUUUUUCCUGGUCCGAGUGCAAGCACCUGCUCGCCAGCACACCUGCCACACCUGCUCUUCCGCGGUCCCAGAUUCUGCUCCCUGAAGCCGGCACCCCUCAAGCCAGCCUCUGCAGCCAAGCCUGGUGGGCAUCAAGAUGAAGGCGGCCCGCUUCGUUCUGCGCAACGCUGGCUCCCUGAGCAGCGCCAGCCUGGUCCCCCGCGAAGUUGAGCAUUUCUCCCGCUAUAGCCCGUCCCCGCUGUCCAUGAAGCAGCUGCUUGACUUUGGCUCAGAAAAUGCAUGUGAAAGAACUUCUUUUGCAUUUUUGCGACAAGAAUUGCCUGUGAGGCUAGCUAAUAUCCUGAAGGAAAUUGAUAUUCUUCCUGAUAGGUUAAUAAAUACCUCUUCAGUGCAGCUAGUGAAAAGCUGGUAUAUCCAGAGUCUGAUGGAUUUGGUAGAAUUCCAUGAGAAAAACCCAGAGGAUCAGAAAGCAUUAUCAGAUUUUAUAGAUGCACUCAUCAAAGUUCGAAAUAGACACCACAAUGUAGUCCCUACGAUGGCCCAAGGAAUCAUAGAGUAUAAAGAUGCCUGUACAGUUGACCCAGUCACCAAUCAGAAUCUUCAGUAUUUCUUGGAUCGAUUUUACAUGAACCGCAUUUCCACACGGAUGCUGAUGAACCAGCACAUUCUUAUAUUUAGUGAUUCAAAGUCAGGAAACCCAAGCCACAUUGGCAGCAUUGAUCCAAAAUGUGAUGUGGCAGCCGUGGUCCAAGAUGCCUUUGAGUGUUCAAAGAUGCUCUGUGAUCAGUAUUAUUUAACGUCUCCAGAAUUAAAGCUCACACAAGUGAAUGGAAAAUUUCCAGGCCAACCAAUUCACAUUGUCUAUGUCCCGUCUCACCUUCAUCAUAUGCUCUUUGAACUAUUCAAGAAUGCCAUGAGGGCAACAGUUGAACACCAAGAAAAUUGCCCUACCCUUACACCAAUUGAAGUGAUUGUCGUCCUGGGAAAAGAAGACCUUACAAUUAAGAUUUCAGACAGAGGAGGUGGCGUUCCGCUGAGAAUCACUGACCGCCUCUUUAGUUACACAUACUCCACCGCCCCGACACCUGUGAUGGACAAUUCCCGGAAUGCUCCUUUGGCUGGAUUUGGUUAUGGCCUGCCGAUUUCUCGUCUCUAUGCCAAGUACUUUCAAGGAGAUUUGAAUCUCUACUCUUUGUCAGGAUAUGGAACAGAUGCAAUCAUCUACUUAAAGGCUUUAUCUUCUGAGUCUGUAGAAAAGCUUCCGGUCUUUAACAAGUCAGCCUACAAGCAUUAUCAGAUGAGCAAUGAGGCUGAUGACUGGUGUAUCCCCAGCAAGGAACCAAAGAACCUGGCAAAGGAAAAAGUGGCUGUGUGAAAAGGAGAGGGACGCUCAGGGCACUUUAAGGGAUCAAAGUGGGUUUAGCCAGUGUUGCUUCCUGAAUGUUUGUGUGUGAACUCGUUCCUCAAAAACAAACAACAGCAACAGAACUCCUUGAUGAGAACACUAAGGCAAAGAGGAAAAGAGCUGUUUUCUUUGACCCAGGAGAACACAGUGCUGUACUGUAGCUUUUAACUUAGAAUAACACUUGAGUUUUAUCAAAUCUUGACAAAGAAAUGAACCUCAGUUUUCUGUCUCUUAGUCAGAGAGAAUGGGAUAAGGAGGGAAGAUACAGGCCAGCAGUUCCUAACAGGUCAAUAUUUUAGACCGCUAGUUCAUGUUAUAAGCUAUGAGUGUUUAUUGACUAGCAGUGUCAAUAUACUGGUAUUUUCUUGUCAUUCAAAGGAUUAGGGCAUAGUUUACACUAUGUGUACUUUUUUUUUUUUUUUAAUAUAUCUAUGUGCUCUAGGGAGGGAGAGUUGGUGACUAACAUUCACUUUGAAUGAGAAGGAAUAAGUCAAAAUAUUUUAACUCAAAGUUACAGCUCAGGCAUUAGACUUAUGUGAAAAGUCAGAAGAAUACUUCUGAUAAAUAAGGCCCCUUUAUUAUGGUGUUUUUCCUGUUCACACUUCACGUAAUAAGUGAACACAUAUUGCUAAGUGCCUAGUCUUGGGUAAAUUUAAAAAUAUGAAAAUUUAGGAUGUUGACAGUUGGAGGGAGAUAAGAAUUCCCAAAGUGAUAGCAGAAAUCUCUUAACCUUGUUUUGUUUAUAAAGAAACAGUAGAUGAGAGAAACUAAAAUUAAGGAAAGAAAUCAUACAUCCAGACCUAGGUCAGUAGGAAGGAUGAUUCUUUAACCCACGGUGGUGGCAAUCCAGAGACAUCCACUUUCUAAGUUUAAAAAGAUGUACUUUUGAUAUAUUUUGUAAUAUUCUCUACAGUACACCAUUAACCUAUCUACAAAAAAUUUCUAGUUAUCCAGUGGUUCGAGAAUAUUAUAAUUUUAAAAACUCCUUGGGAUUAAAAGGUUUUCCUGCCAGGAUACUUUCCUUUCUGAAUCAUGGCGAUUUGGGAUAUAAUGGAUGAGAGCUAGAAUGCAAAUGGAACUUUGGGAGAAAAAGGAAUAAUGUGCAGGUUGACAGACGAAUCUGCCAGAUAACUCUUGGAGAAGAAAAAGAAGGAAAGGAGGGCGAGAAGCAGAAGGCAGGCCCUAGCAUAUUUCCCACAAGUUAUAUCUCGAAACUAGCUAUGUUUUCUUGGGUAAAUGGCCAGAACAUGAGUUGUCUUUCAAAACAGUAUGGCUUCUUUAAACAGUCUCACUUUUGCAAGAUAGUAGGCUUUCAUGCAAGAUAAACUCAUUUGUGUCAAAUUGAUGCUUAAAUUGAAAUAUAUAUUCUGCAUUGUAAAAUAAUCAGUACUAUAUGUCAAACUUAACAUUUGUUUCUAAUUUUGUUAUGGCCUAGUAUGGUGCUUCAUUCAGGUAGUAGCCACAAAACCUAAAACUAUUUGUUGUGGAUUUCAAAUUUUACCAUGGGAAACCCUAGGUAGUAACUUUUAUUGAUUAUACAAAGCUACUUGCAAUAGGUAUUUGACUUUUAAUACUGAAAUUUAAACAUUUUCACAUGUAAAUAACUGUACCAAAGACUUAAAGCAAUUGAUUAAUUAACCCAAAUACUGUGAACUAUCUUUGAAACACUAGAGAAAAAGAAAUAUUAAUAUCUUUAAUUCUUAAUAACAUCAAUUGUGUAAGUGGAGUUCUAUAAAUAGAAAUACUCUAUUCUGGUAUUUGUGAAGUCUAUCAUCGGAGAAUUUUAUGAUUCUAGUGGAUGGUUUCUGAAUAUUCAAGCAAACUUAAAUUAUUAAUGUGUAAUUUGUGUCUUUGUCUCUAGGUUAUGUACAGAGAAAUGUGACAAUUUUUAUAAUAAAUAUUUUUUAUUAUAAUAGCA